AUGUCUGCGUGUUACAAACAUACACUUUUCCUCUGGAUCGAAGGCUACUUUCCAAAGCGUAUCGCCUAUUACCUUCUCUCCAAGGGCAUCUGCUCUUCUGUGGAACAGCUAUAUGAUGGAAAGACGAAUGAGAGCAAUCUGAAAAUCGUACCCAUUACUUUUACUGGUGAUGGCUUCGUUUCUGAGGACCCUGAAGAGCCCUUGCCACCUGGCAACAAAGUGCCCGCACUCCGUCUUGAUGAUACUGAGAGCGGCAGGUCAAUCUGGAUCCACGAGACGUGGAGCAUUAUUAACUACCUCGAAGAAGUAUUCGAUGGUAACAACUACCGUCAAAUGUGGUCUACGAACCCUAUCGACAGAGCCAUCACUCAAGACGUCCUCAGUUACAUCGCCCUCGCCACAGACGCCGGUCGGAUCUGGCUCGUCAAUUGCGCUCCAUACAUGGCUGCUUUUUGGAACAUUCCCGCCUCUGAGCUCAGUCUCCCCGUUGGACGUCGCGCCCGACGUGAAUUCGAAGGGCACUUCAAAACGCUGCAGAAUGUGGCUGCUGGCAAUCUUACCUCAACGGGCUGGCUUACGCCUGCGGCUGACGGAGGUCCAGGCAUGGCUGACGUGAUGCUCGCUGCGACGGUGAGACAUACGGAGUUGAGCUGGCGUGAGUUUAUUUUGGAAGAUGAGGAGCUUGGUAGGUUGAGGAAGUGGUAUGAGAAGUUUAAGACGGUGGAGUUUUGGUAUGAGUUGGAGGAGACGGGGCGGUUCCCUGAGAACGCGAAACGUGCUGCCGUGGUUACUUCAAGACCUGUCCUCCCUUGGGAGCCCUCUCGAGGCUUGGAUAACUUCUCAGCUCUCAUCAAUCGCACCUCAACAUCACGCACAGCAACAUCAAACACAAUGGCCAGAACAACGCUAACUCACAUUCCCCUCGCGUACCGCAUCCUCUUCCUCUGGUUCGAACCAUUUGCCGCGUUCGCAGGCUCCUUCAUAAUCUGGUUCUCCCCCGAAAUGUUUCUCAACACAAUGACCCCGACCGCCAAAUUUGCACCCGACAAUCGCGUUAUUUACAAUCAGGUCGCAGCGACAUACACGCUCUUUGCCUACAACGAAGCGAUUCUUCUACGCGCUACCAACGAUCUGCGUGUUUGGAGGACUGUCUUGAUUGGGAUUUUGAUAUGUGAUGCGCUGCAUCUGUAUGCGAGCUGGCUUGCGAUUCCAGACGUGUUUUGGAAUCCCGCGGCGUGGAGAUGGGAGGAUUGGGCCAAUUUGGGGAGUCUGUGGGGACAGGGUGCUGUGAGGAUCGCGUUUUUGAUGGGAGUUGGUUUGCAGGGGAAUACUCGUGUCAAGUCCGAUUGAGAUUCAGAGAUGGAAGCGAUGAGGCUGAAUGCGACGGAUUGGAAGUGAGGCACAGUCGUCGGCAUUGCAAUCUUGGCAAUCUGGCCAGACGCUUGGCGAUGGAACACCCUUGUCACAGCGGCACAGUCGGCAAAUGAUGGGCCGAAAAGCGUCGAUGUUCACAACCUGAGAGAGCGCGCUAUUAUCGCUUCAAGCCGAUGCAUUCAUUCCUAGCAUUUAAAUGCGCCAUAGCAAUUACUGUGACAAGCAAUUCAAUGUCAAAUUAUCUCCUCUACACUAUUUUCUUUUAUCGUUAUCUCGAGUUCCGCAGGAAAAAAG